AUUUGUUGUCGUCGGAAAGAGGAACAUUUGUGAGAAAAAUUAAAUAUACGACCUAGCAGAAUGCUGCUUAGCGCUUACGCUUUCUUGAUCAUUUAUUUGUUGGUUUUUAUGUCUAUUUUGGGUGCCAUGCAUGUGUUUGAUCGAGUUUUGGUGAUGAUCAAGAAAAUUCAGCUGCAUAUUUUUUUUGAUUUUCAUAAGAGAAGUAGGCUAAAUUGGAGAGAUAUACAGUUUGAUAUUCAUAUGUUUUUCCAGGACUGGUAAAUGACAAUCUUGAGGCAUUUUCGUUUACGAUGUGUUGUUCAUAAUUGGUUUCCAAGCUGAUUUUCCAAUCAUGAACUCACCAUCAGAUAAUAAUCUUCUCACUGAAAGAUUUGGAAUUAUCAACACUUCGAAAUUUUCUGCUACUUCUGAUAUUUUUCAGCCUAUUAUUACACGUAAUGAUACUAUUAUUGAAGCAAAUCAGCGAGCAAAUUUGAUCGAGUGGAUUAAUAGUAUUCUUCCUCAUUUGAAUUUACCAUUGAAAGCUUCAUCUGAGGAGCUUAGAGCUUGCUUGAUUGAUGGCACUGUCCUGCUUCAGAUUCUAAAUAAGUUUAGACCCUGUUCUGUUAAUGAGGGAGGUGGCUCUGAUCAUCCUCCAUCAUCAAGCUUUGAAAAUGUUAAGAAGUUUCUGGCGAUUGUGGACGAAUUAGGGAUCCCUCGAUUUGAGAUAUCGGACCUAGAGAAGGGAUCUAUGAAGUCUGUUAUUGAUUGCCUUUCCGCGUUCAGAGCACAAUGCGGGAAUAGGGGAGAUAACUCUCCUACUGCUUCUAGCAUAAGUACUCGAGGUGCAAGUCCUCGCGGACUUUCAUCUCCUAACGGGAUUACUUCUCCGCAGUCUCCGGAAGAUAGGCUGAGGAUUUCGCCUGAGUCAAAAUACCAUCGUACUUCCCGAAGUCCUUUAAUGCCAGAGACACCAGGAAUGAUGCACCAUGUUGGCCACAAGUUCCACGAGGUGUUUCAGUUGAAACAAGGGCGUUAUGCAGAUCUUUCUGCUGCAAAAAUCUCAGAGAUGAUGAAAUCAAACAGCUUAGAUAACGCUCCAACUCAGUCACUCCUGAGUGUGGUGAAUGGAAUUCUGGAUGAAAGCAUCGAAAGAAAGAACGGAGAAAUACCUCAUCGUGUAGCGUGUCUUUUGAGAAAAGUUGUGCAAGAGAUUGAACGACGGAUAUCAACUCAAGCAGAACAUUUAAGAACACAAAACAACCUGUUCAAGGCUCGCGAGGAGAAGUUCCAGUCAAGAAUCAGACUACUUGAAGCCCUUGCCUCUGGGGCUGGUGAAGAGAAUGGGAAUGGUACGAGCCAGCUUCGGCAAAUAAAGACUGAGAAGUCAAAAACAGAUGAAAAAAAGAAAUUAGAGGGGGAAGAAGUGAUAAAAUUGAUGAAAGAGAAGGAGCAAAUUGAUAUGCAACUUUCAAUGUUGAAGAAAGAAUUGGAAAUCUCCAAAAAAUCGCUCGAUCUUGAGAAAUCGAAAACAGAUGAGAAAAGGAAACUUGGAGAUGAAGAUAUGAUUAGAUUGAUGAAAGAAAAGGGGCAAACAGAUUUCGAACUUUCGUCGCUGAAGCAAGAAUUAGAAUUAAUUAAAAAGGCGAAUGAACUCGAAAAGUCUAAAAUGAACGAAGAACGGAAAAAUGGCGGUGAGGAUGUUUCGAGAUUGAUGAGAGAAAAGGAGCAGACAGAUCUCGAACUUUCAUCGCUGAAGCAAGAAUUAGAAUCAAUAAAAAAGACGAAUGAACUCGAAAGGUCUAAAUUGGACGAAGAACGGAAAAAUGGCGGUGAGGAUGUUUCGAGAUUGAUGAAAGAAAAGGAGCAAGCAAAUAACGAACACGCGAUGCUGAAGCGAGAGUUAGAAAUGGCGCAGAGAACCCAUGAACAAGAGAAGACCAAAAUUGAGGAGAAAAGAAAACUUGAGGAAGAAGAAACGAUUAAAAUGGAGAAAGAGAAGGAGAGAAUAAACACGGAACUUUCAUCACUGAAGCAAGAAUUUGAACUAGCCAAGAAGAAACAUGACCUCCACUGCCUGCAAAUGGAAACAGAGGCCAAGGAUGUUAGAUCAGAGCUCGAGUCGAAGCUGAAAGAGCUCGGAAGCCUCUUGGAAGAUUCAAGAAGCAAGGUGAAAGUGCUCGAGGCAUAUUCCGAGUCCAAGCAACAGACAUGGAAAAAGAAAGAACUCGUUUUCCAGAGUUUGGUUGAGGUUCAGUUAGGUGCACUUCAGGACUUAAAGUUGUCUUCAGAUGGCAUCAAGCGCGAAGUCUUGAUAACACAAAGAAGCUAUUCGGAGGACUUCAUUUCCUUAGGAGUAAAACUCAAAUCAGUGGCUGAUGCGAGUGAGAAUUAUCAUUUAGUUCUUGCUGAGAAUCGAAAGAUGUUCAAUGAGCUGCAGGAUUUGAAAGGGAACAUUAGAGUUUAUUGUCGGAUUAGGCCAUUGAUGAAAGGGCAGGAUGGAAAGAAGACAACAAUAGAGCAUAUCGGCGAAAACGGAGAGUUGGUAGUUGCAAAUCUCUCGAAACCAGGGAAAGAAGGGCAUCGUUUAUUUAGGUUUAACACAGUCUAUGGUCCUAAUUCUACUCAAGCCGAAGUAUUUUCAGACACGCAACCUUUGAUACGGUCCGUUCUUGAUGGAUACAAUGUUUGUAUAUUCGCUUACGGACAGACUGGCUCAGGAAAAACUUACACAAUGAGUGGUCCUAAUGGAGCAACCGAAGAAAAUUGGGGAGUUAAUUAUCGAGCUCUCAAUGAUCUUUUCAACCUCUCUCAGAAAAGAAGCAACUCCUUUAUGUAUGAAAUUGGAGUGCAGAUGUUUGAAAUAUAUAACGAACAAUUGCGAGAUCUGCUAGCGAAUGAUACUUCUCAGAAAAGACUUGGGAUUAAGACCAUUUCCCAACCCAACGGGUUAGCUGUACCUGAUGCAAGUAUGCAUUCUGUGACAUCAACUUCAGACGUCAUACAAUUAAUGGAAACCGGACUGAACAACAGAUCUGUUGGUGCCACCGCCUUGAACGAGAGAAGCAGUCGAUCUCAUAGUGUUGUGAGUAUUAAUGUUCGCGGAAAAGACUUGCAAACGGGUGCUACAUUACAAGGAAAUCUUCAUUUGGUGGAUCUAGCAGGAAGCGAAAGGGUAGAUCGAUCAGAAGUAACAGGAGAUAGACUAAAAGAAGCACAACAUAUAAACAAAUCAUUGUCUGCUUUAGGCGAUGUCAUUUUCGCACUUGCACAAAAGAGUCCUCACAUUCCUUAUCGAAAUAGCAAGCUUACUCAACUUCUGCAAACUUCUCUCGGCGGUCAAGCAAAGACGCUUAUGUUUGUGCAGCUUAAUCCUGAUCCAACGUCGUAUUCUGAAACUAUGAGUACCUUGAAGUUUGCGGAAAGAGUUUCUGGAGUUGAGCUGGGCGCUGCGAAAAGCAGCAAAGAUGGCAGAGAUGUUAGAGAAUUAAUGGAGCAGUUGGCAUCUCUGAAAGACACUAUCGCAAAGAAAGACGGAGAGAUUGAGCGGUUGCAAUUGCAAAAGGACCUGAAACAAGGAACAGGUUUACACAAGUAUACACAAUCAGAAUAUAGUGAUAGAUAUUCUGAAGCUGAAUCUUUUUCUCAACAGUCUACGGAAGAUUUAAAACAGCAAAAUAGAUUUCUGAAGACAUCAAGAUCGUUCUCCGGAGAAAUAAAUCAGGUUUCAGAUGCUGAAACACUAGGAAAUGGAAAUGGAGAUCAUGAUGAUGGAUCAAGUGAUAGUGGCCUUUCUGAUGAAAGCUCAAAACAGCCUUCAGAAAAACCUGAGAAGAGUAAAGUGCAGUCUAGGAUUCGAAGCCUACAAAAAUUAGGGCAAACUACAUCAACUGUAUCGAGAGAUCCGCUUAGAGGGCCAACCGGUAUCAAGAGAACUGUUAAUUCUUCUAGCUCAAGCAUAGUGAAGCCACCUACGAAAGGAUGGCGGUAAAUUAGAGAAGACGAAUUCGAAUUCUUUUAACCAUAACCAACAUCGACACCAUAUUCUUUAUUAACCUGUUAAUUAAUUUUGCAGUUUCAAUUAGUCAUAAUCUCAUAGAUGUAUUUAAUUAGCCUUGUUUAUCUAGACAAGUUGCCACGGCUUAAUGGCAGGAUGGGCAGUUUUGUAAUAGUUGAAAUCAGAAGCCAACCAGAGUUGUAUAAUUCUUCUGGAAAUGUAAUUAAAUUGCAUAUUGAUUUAUUAAAAUACGUACAUACAUGUACAUUUACUACAA